GUGACUACAAAGUUCACCGCUCCGACUCGGAAGACCCCAAUAAUUCAACCGAGACGUUGAACUUCUACUUCGUUCAUUUAUUUCUCUAUUUGCAAGUCGACUCUUCCUAUAGUUCGAACUAGAUCUUAGUAUACAAAAAUGUCUCGUAUUCCUCAACCAUCUCCACGUCCAACGGUGAAGACGACCCUCGUGCCUCCUUCUCGCUCACGGGCUCCGUCGCCAUCCAAGCCUGCCGCCAGUGCAUCCUCUCCUCGCGUGAGGACUAAGUCGGUCCCAAAAUCUCCGUCUAAGGCUAUUCGUAGGCCACCACCCGUAGAAAAUGAGCCACCUGUUCCCAAAAUAACAUUGAGCAUCAAGGAAGCUGUCGCUCUGAAGCGGGCUGAAGCCAGAAAGGCCAUAUCUACUUCUUCAUCUCGAGUAGGCCUUGGCAAUAGUGCAGGCUUUGGUGAUUUUGAGAACCUCGAAGAUGCAGAUCCGGUGGUAGCGAAGAAGAACGAAGAAGAAACACCCGAAUUAGGGAGGUGGUCUGUGAAAGAGACCAUUGAGCGUGCUCGAAGCACAGGUGCCAUCAAUUUGUCUUCUCGCUCUCUACCAUGCAUUCCUUCUGCCUUGUUUGACAUUCAUUUGGGAGUAACUCCUGAUCCAUUGAAGUCGGUAGCUUCAGAGCCACCCAUAUCGUCCUCCACGGAUACUUCAAGUUCGUCCAGGCGGACUGGCCAACGAGAAGGUCCAGCGUGGUUUGAAGCCCAAGACUUGCAUGUGCUCAAAGCGUGGAAUAACGAUAUUGUCGAAAUACAGCACGAAAUCUCUCUCUUUGGAUCACUGAAGACUGUUGAUUUGCAUCAAAACAAGAUUGUUCUCCUACCUGAUACCUUUGCCGACCUUACGGCUUUGACUACCCUAGAUCUUUCUCAUAAUUCCCUCACGGCGCUACCUUCAAAUAUCUUCGCCUUACCCAAUCUCACGAUCAUGAAUCUGUCCCACAACGCCCUUAGCGAGCUCUCCUUUGGUGCCCCGUUCCCGAAGUCUUCCUCACACAAAGCGCGAAACGAUACCUUCAGUUCCGGCGGAUUCUUUGGUCCUGUCAUCACAAGAGCUUCGUCGCCACUGCCACGCCUGUCUGUCCUGGACGCGUCUCACAAUAAGCUCACCGCUUCUACCAUAGACCACGCCAAUCUGCCUCCGUUGAUGACAAAAGCUGACCUUGCCGCGAAUCCCUUGGCUUUGGGAGACUCUAAUUCGACACCUGCGUUUAUUCGAGCCCUUAGUCACUUGGAACAUCUCAAGGAACUUCGCUGUGAAACCGCCGACAUCGGCGAUGAUGCUUUCCCCAGUAACUUAUCCACUUCGAAAAGUCAUUGUUUCCCUCGGUUGCAGAUCCUUGAUAUGGGUGAAACUCGGGCUACCAUGGAAGGCUUGCAAUCUGCAUUAUCUGGGCUGAAACAGGAUAUUACGUACGAUUUUACUACUGAGCAGCCCCCCGAAGGCACUCUGAGGGUGUCUGUCGGCAAAAAGGUUGUUCGGGAAGCUUGGGAGAUAGAGACAGAGAGAAGGAUGAAGAGUCGUGCGUCUAAAAGUGUGACAGAUGCUGACAGUGCUAGUGGUUCCAGCAAAACAGACAUAGGUCAAAGCAAUGUGGAUGUAGUCAAGGAGGCUUGGGAGAUUGAGGCGGAACAGGGUUUGUUAACAGAGGGUGGACGGCGACGGGCAAGAGCGGCGGCGGUAAUGUCUGCAGCAGAUACUGCGGCACCUUUGAAGUCUAUUCCCCUUAUCGGACACGGACGCCCACCUACGCCUGCUAGCACCUCGCAACUAUCAUCGAGCACAAGUUUAACAAACCCGCAAUACUACCAUGCCACCACUCAAACGCUCACUUUGCCCCCGCUCUCAGCUCCGACAAAGAGUCAUGCCCGAUCCUUCUCUUUAGCAACUCCAUUCUCGAGUGCACCGUCUUCUCAAGGCAAAACUGAUUUUACUCUGCCUACACCGACCCUUCCCCUCGCUGCCAUAUCAGCUCAGUCGUUCGCACAAACGCUUAAGACUCUUGUGUUGAGCAACCGCAAAUUCGAUCUUUGCGUUUCUCUCCCAACCACUGGCAAGGUCUUACUUCCAAGCCUAGAGGAACUCGUUCUGGAUGGGUGCGGAUUCGGUGAUCAAGUCUCCGUGACACAUCGAGCUGAUACGGGGACUACCACUCCUCCGCGCUCAAACGACACACUUCUACCUUUAUUGACACGCUUUUUCCCGAGCCUUCGGAUAUUGGAUCUGUCUUAUAACGCUCUCACGUCAGCUUCGCUGCAGCAGGACGUCUUGUCUUCCCUCAUCCUGGCUGACAGCUCCAAUUCUCGUAAAGGUCUCAGGCACCUCAGACUCCGUGGCAAUCGGAUCAACGAUCUUGAUGCUUUCCAGGGCAUCGCAGAUCUGUUCAAAGGUAACCGUUCGGUGCCCGAUUGGAAAUUAGAGGAACUAGAUCUCAGAGAUAACGAAAUUUCCAAGCUUCCUGCAGAACUUGGUCUUCUGCCUUUGGACGUCUUCUUGGUGGAUGGUAACUUGUUCCGUAUACCCCAAAGGAGGGUUUGGGAAAGGGAAGGGACGAGGGGCCUUUUGAGCUGGCUGAGAGGUCGCUUGGAAUGAUACCCACACCGAUGUGACUCCUUGCAAUCGUCUUCCUUAGUUUGAUAGCGAUAUGUUCUCCCGCUGUCUUUAAAUUGCGAGUUGACGAUGCAAACUUUUGAUUCAGUGACUAUUGAACACGCUUCAGUUGCUUGUGUAUCAGUGCAAGCAGCAUCAUGCUG